GCGGAUGUCCGGUGUGUGUGGAGCCUCCUCCCGUCGUUAGCGCUGCUGCUGCUGCUGCUCUGUGCUCUGGUGCUCUGUGCUCUGUGCUCUGUCCAUGGAGACAGCGCUGCCAGAGGCUGCCUGGCCCCGGGAUUAGCCUGGUUGUUGCGGGCUGUUGUGCGGGCACUGCAGCCCCCGUCGUGGAAGCCGAAGGUCGGAGCAGGGACACGAGCAGCGGAGCUCCGCAUCGCUCCGCUCCAGCGAGCCGCCUCCUCUCCGGUAGCCUGUAGCCUGUUAGCUUGUGGGCUGGAGUACAGAUUGUGUUGUUGAUGUACGUGACGAGACUCGGGUCUGCUUUUCCACGGCCGCUGUUUGUCAGACUCGGUGUAAAAGCAGUGUGCGGUGGUCUGAGGUGAGCUCCGGGGCUUCUCUCGGUGUUAGACCUCAGUAAUGGCCGGAAACCCGCGGAGAGGCGCCGGGCUGAUCGGGCUGAUGAAGGACGCCUUUCAGCCGCAGCAGCAGCCCCAGCAGCCGCACCAGCCCGCCGCGGUCGACAAGAAAAUGGUGGAGAAAUGCUGGAAGCUCAUGGACAAGGUGGUGCGUCUCUGUCAGAACCCUAAAGUGGCUCUGAAGAACAGCCCCCCGUACAUCCUGGACCUGCUGCCUGACACCUACCAGCACCUGCGCACCGUCCUGUCCCGCUACGAGGGCAAGAUGGAUGCCCUGGGGGACAACGAGUACUUCCGCGUCUUCAUGGACAACUUGACCAACAAGACCAAGCAGACCAUGGGCCUGUUCAAGGAGGCCAAGGAGCGCAUGUACGAGGAGAACUCCCAGCCCAGGAGGAACUUGACCAAGCUGUCCCUGAUCUUUAGCCACAUGCUGGCUGAGCUCAAAGCCAUCUUCCCCAACGGACUGUUCCAAGGAGACAACUUUAGGAUCACCAAAGCUGACGCCGCAGAGUUCUGGAGGCGCUCCUUUGGGGACAAGACCAUCGUUCCGUGGCGCAUGUUCCGUCAGGCCCUCCAUGAGUUCCACCCCAUCAGCUCAGGCCUGGAGGCUAUGGCCCUCAAGUCCACCAUCGACCUCACGUGUAACGACUACAUCUCAGUGUUCGAGUUUGACAUCUUCACCAGACUCUUCCAGCCCUGGUCGUCUCUGCUGAGGAACUGGAACAGUCUGGCGGUCACUCACCCGGGGUACAUGGCCUUCUUGACCUACGACGAGGUGAAGGCGCGCCUGCACAGGUUCAUACACAAGCCCGGCAGCUACAUCUUCAGGCUGAGCUGCACGCGGCUGGGGCAGUGGGCCAUCGGGUACGUAACCGCGGACGGCAACAUCCUCCAGACCAUCCCCCACAACAAGCCCCUGUUCCAGGCUCUGAUCGAUGGCUACAGGGAGGGAUUUUACCUGUUUCCAGAUGGCCGCGCGCAGAACCCUGACCUGAGCGGCCUGUGUGAGCCUUCUCCUCAAGACCACAUUAAAGUGACUCAGGAGCAGUAUGAGCUGUACUGUGAGAUGGGCUCCACGUUCCAGCUGUGUAAGAUCUGUGCAGAGAACGACAAGGACGUGAAGAUCGAGCCGUGCAGACACCUCAUGUGCACCUCCUGCCUCACCGCCUGGCAGGAGUCCGAGGGUCAGGGCUGCCCGUUCUGCCGCUGUGAGAUUAAAGGCACAGAGCCCAUCGUGGUGGACCCCUUCCACCCUAAGGCCAGCGGGGUUUCCUUCGGAGGGUUCCAGGGGGCGAGCCGAGCGGAGGCAGCGGCUAACGAUGAUGACGAUGACGAGCGCCUGGAAGAGCAGAUCCUGGUCAUGAGCAGACUGGCCUGCUCCAAGGUGGAAAGGCCUCCCUCCCCUGUGUCCCAGCUGCCCCCUGUUCCACCCAGACUGGACCUGCUGCAGCAGAGGCCCACUGCUCAGCCAGCCACAGGGAAGAUGUCCGGCAGCCAUCGGGACAAGCCCCUGCCUGUGCCCCCAGCCCUCAGAGAGCUGCCCCCCCCUCCCCCUCCGGAGCGCCCUGUUGCCGUGGGACAGAGGAGACCCUUACCCCUGACCCCGGACCAGCCCGCCUGGGCCUCCAACUACAUGGUCCCCCGGCCUGCCACCAAAGCCCUGAGCUCUGUGCCUCCCCCUCCCCUCAACGGCAACUCCAGCCCCCACUCUGCCACCAACGCAGUCUACUGUCUGUCUGCCAGCUCUCUGUCCAGUGCUGAGCGAGCAGCCUUUGACUCUGAGGUGAAUGAGUACAUGAGCCCCAGCUCCCUUCCAGCGCCCGGGGCUCCUGGGGGCGCUUGGUUCCUUGGCUCCAUGGUCCCUCCAGCCCCCAGUCAGAUCCAGCCAGCGCCUGACACCAGUGAGGGAGCAGACAAUGACUCAGAGGAGCCUCAGGUCUAUGAGUCUAUGUCCAACAUUCAGGAGCGCUGUGCUGCAGAGGACCUGGCCCUCUCAGAUGCUCUGUGCUCAGCGGUGCCCCAGGACAGACCGCAGGACUCUGGGCAGGAGGACGUGUACGAAUACGCCAUCCCCCGACCUGUGGCCACUCAGACCCCUGUGACCCCUCUGACCCCCCCUGUGGCCGCCUCACGGAGGACUCUGGCAGAACUGGACACGCCUGAACCACUGCAGACCUCCUUGACAGGAGCAGAGGAGCCAGAGCGCCCGCCCAGGCCCCUCCCCAGACGGGCCAACUCUGAGCGCUGUCCUCCCCGCCCCGGGACCCCCUCUCGUCAGAGCCCCACCCCCAGUCCGGCCCUCAACGGGGAGAUUGAGUGCCUGCUGUCUCAGGGCUACUCCCUCCAGGAUGUGCAGAAGGCCCUGCUCAUCGCCCACAACAACCUGGAGACAGCCAAGAACAUCCUGCGCGAGUUUGUGUCCAUCCCCAGCAGCGCCCAUGUGGCCACGUAACCCCCACGUAACCCCCCAGACCUGUGCCCCCGAACCCCAGACCUGUGCCCCCGAGCCCCAGACCUGUGCCCCAGACCUGUGCCCCUGAGCCCCAGACUGUGCCCCCCAGACCUUUGCCGUAGAGCCCCAGAACCUGUGCCCCCUGAGACUUGUGCCUUACCCAGAAUCACUCACCCAAAGCUGCACACGGCCCACAGCCUCCAGAUUCUCCAACUGCUCUCACCAGGAACUGCUCCAGAAAAAAAACACCGGUCUAAACCGGGUCUAAACCAGAUUAUACCAAGUGGAAAAACAGUUCAUUCUGAACAUCUCAAUUAUUCACUGCGAUGAGUUAGAAAGCACUUUUCACAAGUCAAACACAACCACUGCGAACUUUUGCUGUGUCAGUAAUGCUAACAACUAAUAUUCUAACGCGCACUUACUGAUUAUGGGACAAUAUAAGGCUUUAUUAUUUCAUAAGUGUCCUAAGACGAGACUAAUUUUGUUCAAACACAUGAAGAAACUGGGUACAGGGCCUUUAAAAAUAUGUCUUUUUCUCCAGACUCUAGACCACAGCAGUUAAUCAGACCAGGCCAAACCAGGACUGUGCUCUGUGUAAACAAGGACUGGAUUAGUUUCAAACCAAUUCCAGGCCCAGUUCCAGGCCCAGUUCCAGGCCCAGUUCCAGGCCCAAUUCCAGGCCCAAUUCCAGGCCCAAUUCCAGGCCCAGUUCCAGGCCCAGUUCCAGGCCCAAUUCCAGGCCCAAGCCAGGCCCAAGCCAGGCCCAAGCCAGGCCCAAGCCAGGCCCAAGCCAGGCCCAAGCCAGGCCCAAGCCAGGCCCAAGCAUUACGUGACUACAUUUGCUGUAAGUGCGUUCAGCUGAGGCAGUUGGAGACGCAGUGGUAUUUGUGAAUAAGCUUAGCCCACCAUGUCAGCAUUCUAAACAGGUUUGGUCACCCCCUUCAGGAGGAGUGCAGGCACUGUGUCGUGGAAUUACAAUAUAGCAUUUUAAAGGUAGUACAUGUACCAUGGCCUUCUGAUCUGAAAUGCAGUACAAUUGCAGGUUCAAUUGAGAUGCCAUUAGUCAACACACGAUGUGGACAGAAGCUGAAGUAACCAAAGUGAGGAGCACAUUCAGUUUCUGGUUAGAGAAAUCUGGGUUGGGUUUGACAAAAACGUGCAUAAUAAUAUUGAAGUCAAUAUUUGAAAAUGUUUAGUUCAUAUAUGAGGAGUCAGAUAAGAAAGGGUCCUACAUGUACUGCCUUAAACAAAUAUACCACAUGUAUGUUAUGUGUGAGCUCCUGUGGCUUUAACGUCUACAGCUCUGGGACAAACCACACACUUUUCAUGUUUUUGUGUGGGAUGCAGAUGUGGAAGGCCUAACUGAGAAAACCCAUGAAGGAUGUAUGUCAAUGUACCAUUUUUAUACUAAUAAUGCACAGUGAGAAUCCUGUGUUUAACUCCACACUCCUGGUCCUUCCUGGACUCUGUGGAACUGGACUAAACCACUCCUCCUCCCACUAACACUGUUUCUGUGCACAGUCAGACUGAACCACUCCACUAACACUCACUACGGUUACAUACACACAAGGACACCUGACCUAGUCCAGUCAACCCGUUUAUCCAAAUGCAGCAACCCAGAACUACGACUCAGAUGUCAUGAAUCGAAUCUCAAAGAUCCCAAUAACACGUGUGGAGAAGUCUGUGUGCUUGGAUGGCUGCUGCAUGUAACAGCACAAUGCCAUUUACAUUAGUUUGAGUACUAAUGCUAAAUUUCUAGAUGUCCUGGAACGCCUCGUAGCCACCUAAACCUGUCAUACACUCAAAGACGGACUGACGGUGUUUCUCUCUGCGUGUGAGUGUAGUGAGUGUAACUCUGCACGUUUGUGUGUGAGUGUAACUCUGCACGUUUGUGUGUGAGUGUAACUCUGCACGUUUGUGUGUGAGUGUAACUCUGCACGUUUGUGUGUGUGCGUGUGAGUGUAACUGUGCGUAACUGUGCACGUUUGUGUGUGAGUGUAGUGAGUGUAACUGUGCAUGUUCAGACUAAACCACUCCUCCUCCUCCCACUAACACUGUUCCUGUGCGAUGCUUUGGUUUAACCCUGACUCUUUCACUGUCCCUCUUUAUGUCUGAGGACUGAAGACUUGUCCUUGCAGCUACAGUGAGAGCAGGAUUCUGAUUGUGUCUGGGUCGUUGUAAAUGUCCUAUAGUGUGGUCCUACACUGUGCAUUUAAAAAGUCUUAAUAGAAAUGGGAGCGCUGACGUCCUGUUCAAAACUCCAGGGCGAGCAGCAGUCCUUCAUUUCUGUGUUUUUAUUUUUGAUAAGUGGGUGCAUUACAUUUUAAAAAUGUAUUUUAUAUAUGACCUGGAGUUUUUCAGAUAAGUGCCACAAAGUACAGAGCAGUGGCCGUAGACAUAGGGGGUAGGUGAAAACAAGAAUCUUCUGAAGCCUCAAAUGCAGGACAAUACAAGAUUAAAACAUGCACGAAUCUAUCAAAAUGCACCUCUGAGUAAGAUAAUGAUAUAAUAACCAUUAUGACAUGGUUGAACGCUUAUAUAAGUUGAGGUAGCAUAAUAUGAUAUAUAUUUAACAUACAAAAACAUACCUGGAGUUGUGUUUUGUUUGUCUGACAUCUGAGGUCUUCUGCAAAAUGAGAUUGUCUCCAAAUCCCUAAACACUCCCAAAUGCUUCACUCAGAUGGAAGCAGACCUCCCCAAGGAGACCUAUUUUGCAAAAUCCUCUUUUUACCCUUGCUAUUGCCGAGAUGGCAAACAGAGUUGUUGUAUUGAGUGAUUUGUGCAUGUUUGAGUAAUCUUUAUUCUUCUGUAUUCAAGAUGACAUUGCUUUGGUACACGCCCACUGUGACUUAUUCGUGCUCCACAUGUAUUUUCUUUAACAGUGAUACAUGUAGGAGUUGGCAGCGUCACAUACUCAUUUUGGUACAUUUUUUAAAUGCUCUUCUCUAGUGUGAUGUGCAGCUAUCCUUUGGAGGGGCCCACAGCACACGGCGCUUUGUCGUUUACCCUGACAUCAGCGUCCGUUGGGCACCACAGUUUUCCUUCUUGGAUUUCAGUACACCUCUUUUUUUAUCAAGUCGUUUUAGCUGAAUAUUGCAUUUUUAAACGUCCAAAUGAUAAAGUAAUGACCCAUACUAUAGGACCUUUGCACUCUAUUUGACUCAAUAUGGCGUCUCAGAACUGCUCUUCCCAUAUGUCCAUUAUUACACUUCUUAUUGGAGAUUGUCAGUGUAAUGUAGCGGCUCUAUAUCCGGUAAGCCCUUGGUUAGUGGACCUUGUCUCUGUCAGACUAUUGCGGCCUACUGGAGUUUACAACAGUGCUUUACCAGUGUAUGCUACUCGCUCAUUGUGCCUUCUGUCACUCACACAGUGCCCUCUGCUGCCCCGGAGGACUCUGUUUCCCUGAGUACGUUCUUUACAUAUCUAUGCCACUGACGGGCCAAUAGGCUGCGUUCACGUCAUGCGUUCACCUCAUGCAUACAUGUCAUGCGUUCACGUCAUGCGUUCAUGUCAUAUGUUCAUGUCAUGCAUACAGUGAACGUUUGCACUGGAGGGUCCAUUGUAGAGAACAAUGUGAUACUGUUGUUCCUUCAUCAUAAACAUACCUGGAGUUGUAUUUCCUUUCAUUUACAUUAAUCCAAAAAUCACCUUUUCUGAGCCUCAAAAAUGCUCAGUUUUUUUGUUUCUUUUUUGCCAGUUUUGUUAGUAAAGCAUAGCUGUAUUGGCAUAGCAUCCAACAGGGAAAAGGACUUUGUGAUGGUUCAUUCCUGUUGUUUAUACAGUUUAUCAAGUGUAUCUUCUAAAUGCAGACAUUAUUUUAAGUUAGAAAAUGUGAAGUACUGAUCCCAAAGCGACCAAAAACAUGUUAAAAGGGAACUAAAGCCACAAGUAUGUAUCAUACGUGUUCUUCACUGAAUAAUCUGAUGCUAAAUAAUUCAGUGCAGAUGUUGGAUUUAGUGUGUGGCCCAUAGCUUUGUGCCAUUUUGGGAAUAAGUCAAAUGAUGAAAAAGUUCAGUGUAAUAUUUUGUGAAAGUUAAAUGAGGAUUUUCCAUUUGAAUUAAUUCUUUCAAAAAUAACGUGGACUCCUGCCCUCCAUUUGAACAUGAAAAACUGAACGCAGCCUGUUGGCUCAUGGGACUGAAGGCCAGAGGUUAACACGCCUACUCAAGCAUUACAUCAUGAUAUUGUCAUGUUAUGUUGUGUAAAUAUAUGUUUAUUUAUUUUUUCUUAAAUGUCCUUUCUAUUCAUUGUUGCCAUGUGUCUAUGCUAAAGCCAUUAAGAUUUGUAAUUAGUUAUUAAACAGUAUUUUGCGUAA